CUGGGGCUGCGAUUCUACACGUCCCUUACCCGCCUCACCAGUCCCGGCAUUCCUCGUUGUUUUCCUAACUCACCAGCACGACUAGUGCUUGAGAACAGCCAAUUGGGUCGCGGAGUGUGAGCCGAGUCCGAGGGGCGGGAGGGGAUGGCCAUGGCCCGCCCCGCCCCUGCUCCGUGGCUGAUUUCUCUCCGCUGGCGCCUCGGGCGGGACCUGGAGAUAUGGGCAGCACCUGGGGGAACCCUGGCUGGGUGCGGCUCGCGCUCUGCCUAGCCGGCUUAGUGCUCUCGCUCUACGCGCUGCACGUGAAGGCGGCGCGCGCCCGAGACCGGGAUUACCGCGCGCUCUGCGACGUUGGCACCGCCAUCAGCUGUUCGCGCGUCUUCUCCUCCAGGUGGGGGAGGGGCUUCGGGCUGGUGGAGCAUGUGCUGGGACAGGACAGCAUCCUCAAUCAAUCCAACAGCAUAUUCGGUUGCAUCUUCUACACACUACAGCUGUUAUUAGGUUGCCUGCAGACACGCUGGGCCGCUCUCCUGCUGCUGCUGAGCUCCCUGGUCUCUCUCGCUGGUUCUGUCUACCUGGCCUGGAUCCUGUUCUUCGUGCUCUAUGACUUCUGCAUCGUUUGCAUCACCACCUAUGCCAUCAACAUGGGCCUGAUGUGGCUCAGUUUCCAGAAGAUCCAAGAACCCCAGGGCAAGGCUAAGAGGCACUAAGCCCUCACCCUGAGCCAGGCUGGCCUCAUCUGCUUUGCCUUGGCAUGUGAGCCUUGCCCAUGGGGGCAUAUCUGUGUCCCUAGAAUGCUCCUAGGUCCCUAGAUGCAGGGUCCCUAGAUUCGGGGCCUUCUAGAGUCCUCCCUCCCUCUCCCAUACCCAUACCUGGUAAUGGACCAAAUUGCCACAUGCUCUUUUUUCCACCUAGUGCCUCUGACUCCGUCCCCAGAGGCUGGUCUCCAAAGUUCUUGCCAUUGCCCAGGGAGGGAAGGUUCUGAGCAAUAAAGUUUCUUAGAUAAAUCA